AUGGUUCCAAUUGGUGGAUUAACGUGCUGCUUGAGUGCAGCUGCACUUUACUUUCUUGGUAGGAGCAGUGGAAGGGAUGCCGAAGUUCUGAAAUCCGUUACUCGAGUUAACCAGUUAAAGGAAUUGGCUCAACUACUUGAUACUGCAUGCAAAGUUUUGCCUUUGGUAGUCACUGUGUCUGGGAGGGUUGGUUCAGAUACACCUAUCAAUUGUGAGUACAGUGGUUUACGGGGCGUAAUUGUGGAGCAAACGGCAGAGCAGCACUUUCUGAAACACAAUGAUGCAGGAUCAUGGAUACAAGAUUCAGCUUUGAUGCUUUCCAUGUGCAAAGAAGUUCCUUGGUACCUGGAUGAUGGCGCUGCCCGUGUCCAUGUUGUUGGAGCCCGUGGUGCCACGGGUUUGGUACUGACAGUUGGAAGUGAGGUAUUUGAGGAGUCAGGACGGUCCCUUGUGCGUGGAACUUUGGAUUAUCUCCAAGGUCUGAAGAUGCUUGGAGUCAAAAGAAUUGAACGUGUUCUUCCAACUGGUACACCCUUAACAGUUGUUGGUGAGGCCGUUAAGGAUGACGUUGGAACAGUACGAAUUCAGCGACCCCACAAAGGCCCCUUUUAUGUCUCUGACAAAACCAUUGAUCAGCUCAUCGCAAAUCUUGGGAAAUGGGCAAGGUUGUAUAAGUAUGCCUCAAUGGGGUUCACUGUGUUUGGGGUUUAUCUUCUUGCAAAACAUGCUUUCCAGUAUAUCAUGGAGAGAAAGCGUCAUUGGGAAAUGCGAAAGAGGGUUCUUGCUGCUGCCGCAAAAAGAGCUGGGCAGGAUGAAGAAGGUUUAAAUGGUAAAUCUGAGAGUGGACCAUCAGAUCAUACCAAGAAAGAAAGACUGAUGCCAGAUUUGUGCGUGAUAUGUCUAGAGCAGGAUUACAAUUCAGUGUUUGUCCCGUGUGGUCAUAUGUGCUGUUGUAUGGCAUGCUCUUCGCAUUUGACAAACUGCCCACUCUGUCGAAGACGAAUUGAUCAGGUAGUUAAAACUUUCCGGCAUUGA